AUGAGUGCGUCGAGCGAGGGCGGCGCGGGAGGCGGAACGGUGGGUGGCGGCGGCGGAAGUACAGCUACAGCGCCAUCAGCCCCCCUCAAAACCAUUAAGAUACGAACCCAACAACUGCAUCCCCAUGCAGUGCCAUCGUUGUCCUUGCUGCCAUCAUUGCAUCCAUCGUCAUCAUCGGUGGCGUCCGCAUCCGCAUCCCUGGUAUCGCAUUCGCAUCCGCCACUGCAGCUGCGCGGUGUCAUAAACAAGUACUCAUUGCCAUCAUCACAUUUGCCAUCCUCUGCAGCACACUCGGCGGUGGCCGCCAAGAUCACACACGUGAAGGCCGACGGCGGCGGUGGGAUCUCGAUUUCGGGCACUCCGAUCCUUAGCGCAGGAACCAUCAAGGUGGCCGCAGCCAAUCCCAUUCAACAGGCUUCUCUGGCGGGUACACCUAUAUCCCUCAACACAGGUCAAGCCACUACGGCGGCCUCCAUACGAGCUAUCGGUGCUGGAGGCCAGUCCACACAAGUCCGGGUCAUGAUGCCCAUGAUCAAGCAGCUGGAGAAUGUCACGGCGACGGGAAGGACACAGAUAACAGCCAUACCAGCUGCUCCGGCAAGGAGUGUGUCCAAUGCUUCGAUUACGGUCACAAGACCGGUGACACAGGCCUAUCUGCCGCGAGCCAGUGUCACAGCCACCCAGAUGGGUGGUGUGGGCGUGGGAGUUGGACAGCGCUUAGUCACUCCCCUUCGGGCCACAUCCUCGGCCUCGGCGACAGUGACACCCGCAGCGCCGACGGGUCUCAGCACAUCGGGAGGCUUUGUGCGGGGAGCAACCGCUUCAGUCAGCAGAAGUGGAGUGGCGGUGUCAUCCCAGCCACCCUCCACGGUGAUCUCGUCCAGCAACAGUGCUACCUGGAUGCAGAGUCCGACGGGACAGGUGCAACUGAUACGGGCCAUUCCUCAACCGAGACAACGCAUCAUCACCACGUCGGCAGGCGUGAGCGGUGCAAGCGUGGUGACUACUGCUACUCCAGUGCAAGCGCCAACGGCUCUAUCUGUGUCAACUGGUCAGCCUCUGAACCCUCAGCAGGCCGCAGGUCCUGGCGGUCCUCAGGCUUAUGUGGCCACAGUCUUGCCACAGAGGCAGCACCAAGCCACGCUGGUGUAUUCUUCAAACGUGUCGACGCCAAAUGCCAAUCCAAAUCCUGGCCAGCAAUUCAAUCCACGUUUCGCAGUUGCCACGCCCACCACAACGCCAGGAGGAACCACAGUGACGCCUCGGCAGGUGCGUCCCAUACCGCUGGGCAAGAGUUUUCCGGCGGCCAAGCUAAACACAACCAGCAUCAGCAUCAGAGCUCCUAGCAUCCCCCAGCUAAAUGCGAGCGUUACACCAUCUCAAACGCCGGUCAGCGUCUCUGGGGGAGCUACAGUGGCACCAGGCCGAGGACCUGGUGUCGGUGGAUCUGCUCUGACAGCCACUAACUUGCACACAACGAGGAUUAUCCAGCUGCAGCAGCCGGCGACGGGAACCACGCAGCAGAUCAUCGGGUCCGCUGCCCGCCUGGCCGGCAAUGUAAUGCUCCAGCCUUUCGUGAUGACCACCACGGCAGCCGCCAAGAUGGGAAUCCGACCACCUGUUACCAUGACGGCCAAGGUGCAACCAUCGCUGACUAUCACACAGCUAAAUCCCAUCGGCAAACUGUCCACAGCCGGAGGCACAGGCGGUCCCACAAUGACGCCGCAGGGCGUGGCUAGCAUCCAGGCGGUGUCCGUGCCAAGUGUCUCGGCCAGUGUGGUCAAUCCCAGUUCUGUGACGGGGGUCACAUCAGCGGCUGGCGGAGCAACCGUUUUACCCCUCACUAUCAGCGGUAGAGGCGGUGCAGUUGGUCCAGGAGGCAAUAUCCUAACCGGAACACUGACGCCCAUCAAGAAUGCCAGUGGAGGCAUCAAAAUGAUGAUGACACCAGCUCCUACGGCUACUGCGUCAGGCUCAGAGGGUCCCGGAAGCAGUGGACCAGCGGUGGGAAGUUUCCAGCGCACCUGGAAUCCAGUUGUUGCUUCACAAAGCCAGUUGAUGAAGAUCGAUGAUAAGGGAAGUGCUGCCACAAUCUACUACGAAUCUAUGCCGGCCUCAGCCUCCACAGGGGUUCUAUCGUUGACCACCACCACCGUGACGCAGAGCACACAGGCACAGCCGCAGUUGGUGAGCAGUGCUGGCGGCAGCUUAUCGGUGUCUUCUUUGCCCUUCGCUAGUCAUGCGCCCACUGGAGCUGGAACCGGAUCAGCCGGAGUUGGAUCGCAGGCCACAUUUACUGUAUUGCCCUCAGGCGCUGCCGGCGGAGCAGGAGCUGCUACCCGGACCAUAGGCGGCCAUCAGCAGCUGAUAAUCCCAGCUGGCGCAAAUAGUGCGCCACCGCAACACAUGGUUAUACCACUACACACUUCGGUGAAGGUGACAACAACGGGAGCAGGCAAUCCACAGCAGACGGCUGCCGGAGGUGGAGUUGGAUCGCUGGUUCCCAACUUUAUGCGCAAGCGGGAUGCAGAGGGUUCGCCCAUUCGAGCGGCAAAGAAUCUGGCGCCUACGUUGCUGUCCAUGGCGAGCAACACAAGUGGUCCAAGUCCGGGUACCACCUUCAAUCUGCAACCCGUUUCCGUGGCGGUGCCAACAUCUAGCGGACUCAACUCUGGGCUUACCGUGGAAGCGCUGGCCAAAAAGGAACGGGAACGGGUUACGACACAUGGAGUGCUGCCUAGCAGUGGCGGUGGUGCGACAAAUGUGGCACCUACAGCAGCUGGUAACGCCGUUUCUUCUACGAGAAAUUCUCGAGCAGAGUCGCCGGCUUCUUCAGAUGGCUCCACUACUGUAUCAGCGAACUCCUCGCCCGGUGUCGAUCAACAACAAUUGCAGGACAGGAUUGGCGAUCCGCCACCGACUGCUGGUGCCAGUGCACGCGACAAUGCCACACAUUUUAACCCCAUCAAUGAGCUGUACUCAUCACACCAAUCCAUGCAGCAGGGCUUAAAUCACUCCUCCCUGGGCGCUCGUAGCGGCAACAGCGCCUUUGUGGAUGUGCAAGCACCGACACCUCAGCAGCAACAGCCAGCUCAGCAGCAGCAAGCACCUCAUCUGGUGGUGGGUUCCUCCUCGCAAAUGCAACAGCAGCAGGCAGGUCCUCGACUGAACGGCACGGGCAAUAACUCCAGCUCUAGCUACGAUUGUUCCUCCAGGAAGAAGCCGAGACGAUCAACCAAUGACAGCCAGCACUCUACGCAAAGUCAGGCAUCUCUGUCCCUGCCACCGCCCGGUGCUGAAACAACAGCACCAAGUGGUGCUGCCUACAUGCAGAAGCAUAAUAAUGGAGGGCUGUUAGUGGCAGCAGCUGUAGCGCCACCGGGCGUGCCGGCCCCAAAUACUGCGCCAGGUGAUGCGAACCAUCGGAACAGUACACCGGCCGUGACGGGCAACAAGGAGAAUGCUAACCCGGUUGACUUUGUCAUCCGUCGUCCACGCAAUUGUGCGCUGCUCAAUACAUAUAAACCGACUCACAAGCUGGCCAACAAUCACUUCCAUCGGUAUACCGAUGUGAAGCCAAGGGAGGAGCGUCGUGCCACGGUGAUUGAUUUGGCCAAUCAACCGAAUGUCCAGGGCAAAAUCAAUGGAUGGAAGAUCUAUCAUUUGAGUUCGCAAAUGGAGGACUUGAACGAAUCGGAGAUGGUCAGUUUGGGCCAGCUGGAGGUUAUGCUUAAAGAUCUGGAAAAGGACAAGGAUAAGCACAAUGAAAUGGAGCGUGUAACGGAAUUGUUAAAGGGCAAUAUCCAACGAAGUAAGAUCAUUACAGAGGGCAUCAACGAGGCACAGAGUCAGCUCAUGAAGAUCUUUGAGCACAAGCCACACGUAUCAGACAUAAUCAAUCGAUGUGCAUCCAAGAGGAACUUUAAAAAGCGCGAGAAAAUCUAAAAGGGGAUGUGGGACACGGAUUACAGAAAUAGCCAAGGAUCUAAAAGUAAACUAAUUUGUUGAGGAAUUUACACUAUUCCAUACAUACAUCUAGUUGAAAUUAAAUCUUUAGUUAUUUCCGUGGCAUCUCUGAUAGUGUGUACAUUGACUAGCUUAAGCCACAUAGUUUUAGACUAAUUCUUACCUUAAACGCGAUUGAGAUUUGUAAGACAAAGCAGAGUUACAAAGAAUCCAGCAAUAUUUUUUCAAUUUCCUAAGCUUAAAAUCAGAAAUACACUAAACACUUGAGUUGUAUUUAGUAGAAAA